CGGCGGGGAGCGUCAGCGUACUAGUGUACUUCUGACAGUUCUCAGAAAUACUGGUAGAAACUGAACAUUGGGCUCCUAAUUUGUCUGGAUUGUACUUUGUAGUAUAGGUUGAUGUUUCCUUAUUUUAUUCGGAUAAGGUCAUGAUGAGCCAUGGACCAGAUCACUUUUCGCCAUGACACGGUACUGUCCGAUGUACAUUUGCUUCUCCCCAACAUACGCCACCUUAUGGUACGGCUCAACUCUGCAGGUCAGCCAGUCUUCAUUUCAAAAUUCAAGAUCCUGCAGGAUUUGGAGAAGCAAGAUACUUCCAAAAUCAACUCCAGUACCACGCAGAAGAGCGAGAAGGAAGAUGAGCCUGGAAAGGUGGGGCCAGUAGGAGGGGAGGAAGGAGCUGUGGAUCCAACCCUCGAUGAGGAUGGGGACCUGGAGGUGAAGCGAAGACCAAGAAAAAGUGAUGUAAAGGGUGGCGACCGAGACAAGGUCUAUCCCAUUAUCCUCAGCAAGUCCCCAGAUGUGUCGGAAGAAGAGGAGGGAGAGUGUGAAGGUCAUCAGUGCCUCAAAAAUUUUAUUAGGAUCGAGCACACCAUGGCCACUCCACUAGAUGAUGUCGGUAAACAGGUGUGGAGAGGGGCAUUCCUGCUGGCUGACUUUAUCCUCUCUCAUCCAACCACGUUUCAGGGAGCCACAGUCCUGGAGCUGGGGGCAGGAACAGGGUUUACCAGUGUCGUAAUGGCUGCUGUUGCAAAAAGAGUUUACUGCACAGAUGUGGGGGAUGACCUUCUAAGCAUGUGCCAGAGGAACCUGACACUAAACACACAUCUGCUCGAGCCUGCAGGUGGUGAAGUGAGAGUAAGAAAGCUAGACUGGCUCCAACACAGCCUCUGUACAGACAUUGAUGUGGAGUUUAGCUGGACCGAGGAAGAAGUGGCAGAUCUCCAUGACAACACUAGCUUCAUCAUUGCUGCUGAUGUUUGUUAUGAAGAUGAUCUGACUGACGGGCUUUUCCGAACUCUUUACCGAUUGUGCAAUAUCCUUCCCAAGCCCUGCACUAUCUACCUUUCCAUAGAGAAAAGGAUGAACUUCACCCUGCGACGCAUGGAUGUUUCAUGUGAGGCCUAUGACCAUUUUCGCCACUGUCUGUCAGAGCUGCAAAGCAUGGUGGAUGGAUGCAACAGCUUCAGCGUAGAGCAGGUCCCUGCCACUUUCCCCCAGUGCCUGCACUACGAACGCAUCGAGCAACUGGAGCUGUGGAAGGUAACUGUGACACCUCUCAGCUGGAAGAAAACAUGAUUCCAGGCCCAGUUGAACUUGGUGCCAUCUCCAAGGGGAUUCAUAUGAGUCGG